CCGAUCAUCAUUGCCUUACGGGCCAAUUUAGCGCGCUCCUAGCUAUUCACCUGUGACUGUUCCCCGGAGCCCGGGGCUCAGGUCCAUGGGUCCUACCGGUCAAUCUGCGGCGGCGGCUCUGGAAUGGGGCAAUUUGCGGUUUUUCGCUGUCUCUCCUUUUGCCUUUUUCUCUCCCUUUUUGCUUCCUACUUUUUAUUUUUUAUUUUUUUUUCUCCCCUCUCUUAUUUAUUAUUAUAAUUAUUAUUUUUGGUCCCAUUUUUCCUAAACCCAUUUUACCCUUGAGUUCUUGUUUUAUUUUCCUUUUUUGUUAUUUAUCUUCUAAUUUUCGUUCCCAUUAUUUCCCUACUUUAGUUUAUCGUUUUCCCCUUUGAGUGUUUAGUGUGGUCUGACAGUAGGUCUGGUUGAUGGAUACACUUCCAGCUCCGAUCUCAAUCUGAUUUUUCCCCUUAUGACAUUUUUUCUGUUUGAUUCGAUAAUGAUGAUGCUAAUUAUUCCUGGCUAAUAUUUUACAAUCGGGAAAAUCACGGAAUUGAUUUGAUUUUUUCUGUGCUGUAAGGAAUCAAAGAACCAUACCGCUCUUACAUGGGUAACCGGGCGGUUUCCCUCUGGUUCCCUUUCUGCCCGGACACGGCUGGGCGUUACUACUGGCGAGAGAGAGAGAGAGAGACUUAGAGAGUAAUACUUACUCAAGUUGUCACCCAAGGUGGGAGUGAAAAUGAUGUAUGCCCCGUAAGUAAGUAGUACCUUGGAUGGAGAGAGUAUUGUUUCGCUUCUGCUAUUGGCUCCACCCCUUUCUCGGAUUCCGGUUCUGCUUUGCUGCUUCUCUUUUCCUGCUACUUUUUCCCCU